UCCCCUGUUGCCGAACCUAGCCCCGAAGAGAUUGACGCAUUGGGGGAACAAACAAAGAAGGACGACGAGCUCGAAACGAAACAAGAAGACUCGAAUGCGAGUGAUGAAGCCAUUCAGCCGGCCGAAUCAACCCUGCCUUAGUGGGGCUUUUGUCUCGCGGGCCCUCCAAUGCUGGUGCAAGUGAUGGAUCGAAGGAUACCGUCCCUUCUGGGCAAAGCGGCUCGGAGUCAGCCCCCGGUGCUCCAUUGACGCAUGUUACGAAGAGUCGGGCAAGAGGGCCGAGGAGACGUGCGCCAGGGGCUACUGCUACCGGUCAAACGGAGUCGCCUGCUGUUGUUCAACCUGAGUUCCCUUCUCAACCCAAGCAGUCCGUUGGUGAACCCGAGUCAUUUGCUCCAAAAGAUGAGGCGUUCGCUCAGUCCGAGUGAAACGGAGCCUGUUGCCCCAAACGAUGAAUCCCCUGCUGCUCAGUUUGAGUCUCCUGUCAACGAGCCUGAGCCAUCUGCUCAUAUCUCCAGCGAAGCAGAAGCGUCUGCCUCAAACGACAAGCUAUCGGCGGCUGAGCCUGAGCUGAAUGACCCAAAAGGCGAGCUGCAGACUGUUCAGACUGAGUUGCUUGAGGCAUCUCCCAUCAAGACUGAGCAGUCUGCUAUUGAGGCGGAAUCACCUGUCGUGAAAUAUGAGCCUGUCAUGGAGCCCGAAUCUGUAAUCACGCAUCCAGAGCCGCCUACCCCAAAUCAUGAGGUGUCCACCGCUCAAAUUGAGUUGCCAGUCAGUCAACCUGAGCCUUCGGCCCAACCUGAGCUGCCUUCCCCAAAGGAUGAGUCCACGCCUGAGUUCGAACUUCCUACCGCCCAGCCUGAGANNCCCUCCAUUCAACAUGAGCAGUCUACGGCUGAAGCAGAACCGACCGUCCCAAAAGAUGAGCCAGUCAUUGAGUCUGAACCAGUUGUGACGCAGCUGGAGACGGUCAGCCACAUUGAGCCUUCGGCCCAACCGGAGUUGCCUUCCCCAAAGGAUGAGCCGCGCGCGCCUGAGUUCGAACUGCCUACUGCCCAGCCUGAGACAUCCUUUGUUCAACAUGAGCAGCAAUCUGCGGCUGAAGUGGAGCCCACCGUCCCAAAAUAUGAGCCAGUCAUUGAGUCUGAGCCCAUUGUGGCGCAGCUGGGGUCGCCUGUCCCAAAAGAUGAUGUGGCAGCCAGCCAACCUGAGCUUUCAGCUCAACCUGAGGUGCCUUCCCCAAAGGAUGAGCCGCGCACAGCUGAGUUUGGAUUGCCUACUGCCCAGCAUGAGACGCCCCCCGUUCAACAUGAGGAGCGGUCUGCGGCUGAAGCGGAACAGUCUGAACACAUUGUGGCGCAGCUGGAGUCGCCUGUCCCGAAAGAUGAUGUGCUGGCCAGCCAACCUGAGCCUGACCAGCCUGAGACAACUUCUGUUCAAGAUAUGCAGCAGCCCGCAACUGAAGCAGAACUGACCAUCCCAAAGGAUGAGCUAGUCGUCGAGUCUGAACCCGUUGUGGCGCAGCUAGAGUUGAAAGAUGACGUGCCGGCCAGCCAACCUGAAUCUGAGUCGAACUAUGAGCCUCACUCUGCUCAACUUGACCUGCCAGCCAGCCAGCCUGAAACAACUUCCGUUCGAGAUGUGCAGCAAUCUUCGACUGAAGCAGAGCGUUCUGUCCCAGAAGAACCAUUGACUGCCCAACCUGAGCUGGCUACCAAUGAAGCUGACACUUCGGACACCCAACUGAAGUCACCAGUCUCAAAGGAUGACUUCCAAUUCGGAUUUCCAGUUGCACAAACUGAGCAGCCUACGGCGAAAGACGAGCCAUCCGUUGAGCCAUCAUUCUUUCAAUAUGAGCAGUCCACAACUGAAGCAGAGCGCUCCAUCUCCAAUUAUGAGCCAUCGAUAGUCCAAUCUGUGCCGGCUACCGGUGAAACCGAAGCUUCAGACGCACAACCCAAGUCACCCGCCGGAAAAGAUGAUUUCCAAUUCGAGUUCGAGCACCCUGGCGCGAAAGACGAGCCGUCUGCUUCCCAGCCUGGGUUCGAUGUCUCAAAAGGUGAGCCGUCGGUCACUCGAACUGAACCCGAACCUGCCUCAAGAGAUGACUUUUCUCAAUUCGAUUUUCCAGUUACGCAAACUGAAAAGUCUGCAGCGAAGGAAGAGCCCUCUGUUACCGAGCUUGAAUUAGAUGUCCCGAAGGAUGAGCCAACAGUCCUUCAAACCGAGCCCACUGCCGAGGAACAUGAGUCUGCUACGCAACUGGAGCCAUCUGCCCCAAGGGAUGACCCGUCUCAGUUUGAGUUUCCCGUCAUUCAAACAGAACAAUUAACAUUGAAAGACGAGACGUCGAUUCAGUACGACCCGGCUGCCAGUGACCUCGAAUCUUCUGUCCUAGAGCUACCCGUCCCAAAGGAUGAACCGUCUCAGGCCGUGCCACCCUCCAGUGAGCCUGAGCCGCCUGCCAGCGAGCCGGAAUUGUCCACUGCGCACCAGGAGUCACCAUCUGCUCCAAAAGACGAGUCGCCUCUCAACCCGCCAAAUGUGCUCACCAGUGACCCAGAACCAGUUCCUGUUGAGCGGCCUACUAUUCAACCGGAGCCGACCGUCAAAGUCACAGAGCCUCAGUCGCCUGUCCCGAAAGAAGAGUCGCCUGUCACUGAGGCGCCUGUUAGUGAACCCAAGCCGCCUGCACAAGAAAAUGGCCUAUCUGCCGCUCAUCCUGAGCCGGCCAUCAGUGAAUCCAAACCGACCAGUACGAAAUCAGAGUCUGCCCCGAAGUCGUCCUUUGAAGCCGCGAAAUCAGUCUUCUCCGUUGGUGACUCCAACAGUAACUGGCCGCUUCCUGAUAGUCCGCCGACGAACAAAGAAAAUGGUCAGCCUGAGCAAAGUCCAUCUUCUGAGAAGGGCAUGCAGGACACGACAAAUGGUGAGACAGCGCCACAGCUUACACCUCAGCCUAAAAAUAAGAUAGACGCGCUUUCUCCGAAAUCUUUCCAUUCAUACGAAGACGUCGAGAAUCUGGGUGACUCUCCCGCGCAAAGGCCGACUGUGCCGCCCAAGUCACCACGCACGCCUAAUUCUGACCAGAGAUGGAGUCCACAAGUUCGGCAUUCAUCGCAGUCUCCAUCUCCCCUCAGAACAAGCUACAAGGGGAACCAGAUGGAUUCGCCCGUUGGCAGUCCUCAGCAGCGGACAUUUAGUGGGUUCGGGUUCGGCUCGAUCCUCUCAUCUCGACACAAAUCCUUACCUUCUCCCCCGGUUCCUCCCAAAAGAACCGACACGCAGCUCUCAUCGCCAAGUUCUUCAAUAUCAUUAGUCCCGCAGGCUGAUGAGUCCUUGGAGGUCAUCGCGGAGUUCUUCACAGCUUUCCCCAAAACAACUGACCGGGUGGACAUUGAUCCUCAGCUGAUGCUUACCACUCGGGAUAGCGAUUCCAAAAUCCGAACCUUGAAGAAGCAGAUAUGGGAGAUCACGGGCGAGGGCAAGAGACAAGACCUUCCCAUCAACCAGGAGUAUAUUCUCUACGAGGGCAGCAUGUACUUGUGUGUCCACACGUUUGAGUUUGAGUCGGACGGCAGCACACGCUCUGAGACUCACUUGUGGUGUGGUGACGACGUGCCGGACCAUGCCAUAGACGAUGCUCAGACCUUUGCUCGCAAGGUGGCUAAAGAGCAUAGUUGCAAGCUUGAGGUUAUCAAGCAAGGUAAGGAAACUGCCCGGUUCAUCCAAGCGGUCGGAGGCAUUCUGAUCACGCGUCGUGGAUCGAACUCUCGCUCAAGUUUGUCGGCCUUGUACAUGCUUUGCGGACGGAAACACCUGAAGCAAAUGGUGUUCGAUGAAGUCGACUUUACGCGACGCAACCUGUGUUCCGGCUUCCCGUUCGUGAUCUCUGCGCCGUUUGGCAAGUUGUAUCUGUGGAAAGGAAAAGGAAGCACCGCAGAAGAAAUCGGUGCGGCUCGACUCAUUGGCAUGGACCUUGGUUUGACCGGAGAGUUUGAAGAGGUCACUGAAGGCGAGGAGCCAGAGAGCUUUUUCGAAAUCUUCAGCUACCGGGAUACAGAGGAGUAUCUGCGUUCGGACGACUGGCAGCUCAAGCCCAACCAUGAACAGUUCCGUUGCAGACUGCUUCGCGUCGACCACGAACUUGGCCAGCGGUCUGGAUUCUGGAUGCGACGUCCUGGUUCUUCGUCUCCGAUUAUUCGGCCUAAUGAUACUGUUCAGGCGAUUGAACCAUAUUGCUACAAGGAUAUCACGCCUAAGGGGAUUUACAUCCUUGAUACCUACUUUGAGCUUUAUGUAAUCGUUGGUGAGCAGGCUGCUCAUCGCCCCGCCGAAUUCGCGUCGGCUGUGGUGUUUGCACACGAAUAUGGCAUCCUGGCUGCUUCUCUUCAGGACCGUCCAUUCAUUCCCAAGAGUUACGUUUCUAUCGGUGGCGCCCCGAACUCGUGUCGAAGUGCGUUCCGCAAAUGGCACAAGGAGGCCUGGAAGCUACCUCCGCAGGUGUUUCCCUUGAACGCGGCAAUUGAUGCCAUUCGAACUUGAUACGAUAUUUUUUUAUCUUUCGUUUCCCCUCUUUUCGAUUCUUCUCUUCGUUUGUCCAUAUGUGUGCCAUUUUUUUUCUUUUAAUAUUGUGCAUACUUGUUCGUUUUUUGUAUAGAGAUGGUUUGCCCUGGCAUGGUAGAUAAGGGAGCAUGGGUCCAUUUUUCCGGACGC